UUGAAAAUGUACAAAACUGUGCUGUUUUUUGUUGUGGCCGCAAUGAUGGUGGAGAACAUCCACUCCUGCUGCUGCUGCAGCCGAGAGCCCUACAUGACGCAGGCCUGUCUCGAGUGCCUAUAUGACCUCUGCCCACGCUUCGUCCCUCCAAAGUGCGGCUGCGACUGCAUCAAGGACCUCGCCAACCCGUGCCGCUCCUGCGGAUGCGGAUGCGGAUGCGGAAAGUCACUCUACUUCCCCGAAGUAGAGUAUCCUGUUACCAGUUUUAACAUGAACCCGUUCUACUUUGGGACUUGCUUCGGUUUUUAAUUAACAGACGUUUUGAAAUAAAGAUGUCAA